AUUUGAAUGCAUUGAGUUCUACACGGUGCGGUUUGAAGAUGGACUGCGCACAGAGGGGAAAGGUGCAGCGGAAGAAAACCCCCGGCUAGCGGGGCUUGCCGCUCGGUAUCUGCAGUUUGAAAUUUGCUGUCAUGGACCAUGGGCGAUAAGGAUCUGGAAGAAUUUCGGCAGUUGUGGAAGGAAGAAAUCGUGGGCCGUGACUCUACCGACAGGGGAAAGAGGACGGGCUUAAUUUGGGACGAAAGAAGCGGUAAAAGGCGGCGCUGUAGGGACCCCGGGCCCGGUUACCACGGGGACAAGGAGAACCCGGAGCCUGGGCCGGAGCAGGAGCAGGCAGCGAGCCACAGUCCCCCGCCCCCCAAUUACUUCUACCUAGCGGAGAGUUUGUUGGAGGGGCGAACUAGCCCUCUCAGGGACCGCAUCCGGAGGGAAGGACGCCAUGGACGGGGGCUUCUGGCUGGUGACGCCAGAGGGUCGGGCAAGCCGGCAGAACACCGUGGCAGCCCUGCAGGCCGAAUCGCACAAGCCUCGGCCCGCAUCGACAGUAAGAAGGAAAGCCUGCUGGAUCAGUUGAUCAGUGACUUAAAUGAAAUAAAUGAAAUUCCCUUUUUUGACAUUGAUCUACCAUAUGAGCUGGCACUGAGAAUUUUUGAAUAUCUUGGCAGAACUGAACUUGGAAGAUGUGCUCAGGUGAGUAAGACAUGGAAGGUUAUUGCUGAGGAUGAGGUACUUUGGUAUAAACACUGCUUGAAGGAAGGUUACCAGACCAAGGCGGAUAUUGGUGACUUCACAGGCUGGAAGACUGUUUUACGAGAGUCGCUGCAGAAGAAAAAGACACUACGAACCAACUGGAAGAAUCGUAUUGGAGCUGCAAGCCAGUUACAGUAUGAUGUUGGAGGAAUAUUAUGUGAUGCACAUUCAUGCAAUGGAAUGGUAGUUUCUGGAUACACAUCAGGAGACGUGAGAAUGUGGGAUAUAAGCACCUGGGACAGCAGUGCCUUGUAUCUGGGAACGUCACGCAGCUCUGCAGAACUUGGACCACAGCCACACGUCUCCUUUGUGAGGAUAAAUAGCACCAUAGCAGUGGCGGCUUACAAGGGUGGUGCUAUUGAUGUAUGGAGCACGGUUCUUGCACGCGAACCAAUACAUCAUUAUCGACAUAGCCAAGACAUACAGUCUAUGGCUAUAGCAACAGAUAGUGCUGUAAUAGCAACUUCCUCGGGUUAUCAAGUAAGAUUAGAAUCCACUGAUGAGAAAGGAUACUGGCAAAAUGCAUGCCAAUUUGAACUUCAGAAACUGGUUAGUUAUCUACAGCUUGUUCCAGAUGCUCUGAGUACAGAUGGAAAUGAAACAUUACUAGCAGCAGCUGAAGAUACAGUUUAUUUACUGAGACCUGAUACAGAGCCAAAGGUGCUUCAUUCCAUCUAUGGAAAUACUGUGACCUGCUUGGAUGUAUCCACUAAUUGGGUUGCCUGUGGUGUCAGAAACUUUGGUUGGAUAAUGAGUGAAGGCAAUAAGGUACACGUUUAUUGCCUACAAACAGCGCAGCCUUUGGCAACACUGGGUAACGCUGCAGGAGAUUACACCUGUGUGAACUUAAGAGAUAGUCCUCCUUAUCUGGCUAUAACUGGAAACAAGGACAGGAAGGUGAGAGUGUAUGACCUAAGGACAAACACAGCCGUAAUAUCUCUCUAUGGCCAUCAACUUGGUGUGUCCUGCGUGCAGAUGGAUGACUGGAAGAUUGUCAGUGGUGGUGAAGAAGGGUUGGUUUGUGUAUGGGAACAGCGAAUGGGAACAAAACUCUGGGAAAUACAUUCUAGACAUCCUGUGCGGCACCUACGUUUUAGUGCACAUACACUGAUCACAGCAAAUAUACCCAAUGAGAAAUGCCCCAGGGGAGCUAGCAUUAUGGAUGAUGACUUAACUGCUCAUCGGAGACACCGAGGAAUUAUUUACAUCUAUGACUUUUCAGUCAAUAAAUCUGCUCCAGUGAUACCAAUCUGUCGUUCAUCAUAUGAUGAAGAUGUUGGUUACAACUACAAUAUCACACUUUCAAUGCCCUAUGACCAAAUAAAAUGAAUGUGUGUCACCUUAUGUAUAUACUGGUCCUAUUAGAAUCAUACAGUAAUUCUGAAAGUAAGUGUGCAUCUAACUUGCAUUUCAUUAUGCAAGGAUAUGUUGAUUGACCAGAAGACAAAGGACACUGGAGAGACAAAUGAACGGAGAAAGAACUCUAGCCUUGAAAUUCACAAAGGGCAUUUUCUGGUUUCCUGUCGAACUGCAAAGAAAAUGACAGAAGUGACCAUUUUUAACGAUUUUUUUGGAAUUUCUUCCUGCCUGUCUCAAAUGGACCCCUUGGUUUAUGGUAGAGGUCCUUGGCAUAAAAAAGAUUAGGAACCUCUACUCAAAUCAUUUUAUGAAAGACCUCGUCUUUACUUACCAGUGUUAUUAUUUUAUUUGCUGUUCCCUUUUGUCAUUUGUUUCACACGGUAAUUUGGAUAUUCGAACAAUGUUGAGGUGGAGAGGGGCGGUUUCACAAACUUAAUUUGCAUAAAUCACAGGUUGGUGUAUUUAUGGAUUAAGAAGUGCAAAUAAUGUAAGAAAAUCUGAAGCUCUAUAACUGUUUUCAAGAAACAGCAAUAUGUAUUAUAUUUGAUUUUUUAAUAAAUUUCCAACAAUGA